CGCGGCGAUACCGGUCUGGAAGGGAGGGCGGGACUUCCUGGCCCGCGGAGCGAGCUUGGACUUCCCGGUGUCGUCGGAGAGAGAGGGCCAACGGGGUCAAAGGGCGAGAUGGGUUUACCGGGCGACGGAGGACCGGCGGGUGCUAAAGGCAUGGAGGGGGCGGUGGGAGACCAAGGCGUGAAGGGAGAGCAAGGUGCCAAAGGAGAACCAGGUGAGGUGGGAGACGCAGGCAUGCUGGGACUCCAGGGGUUUCCGGGACCCAAGGGUCCGAACGGAGAUCUAGGAUUCACUGGUAUUCCUGGACUCAAAGGGCCGGCGGGAGUUCUGGGUUUCUCUGGUCCUGUCGGUCCGGUGGGAAUGAUCGGUCCGCUGGGGAAGCCUGGUGCCAGAGGACCUAAAGGAAGCCGUGGAGAGAUGGGGCCUCAGGGGCCGCAGGGCAGUCCAGGGCCACAGGGGCCUCCAGGUUUACCCGGCCCAUCGAUACGCGUCAGUAUGGACGUCCAAGCGCUGAUGGAGUCCAGUGCACCUCUAGAGCUGGAGAGUUACCAGAACACAGACGCGUCUCAAACCGAGCGGAGCGCUGAGAUCUUCAGGACGCUGCGGUAUCUGAGCAGCGUCAUCGACAGCAUGAAAACGCCGCUGGGAACGAGAGAAAACCCGGCCCGCUUCUGCAGAGACCUGCUGGACUGCAGACACACGAUGAGCGACGGGUUGUUCUGGAUCGAUCCAAAUCUGGGCUGCAGGUCUGACGCCAUCCAGGUGUUCUGUAACUUCACCGCAGCUGGACAGACCUGCUUGAACCCCGUUACAACAGAGAAGGCCGCGUUUGAUGUCGGGAAAGUCCAGAUGAAGUUCUUACACUUACUGAGCGCCAUGGCGACCCAGACCGUUUCCCUCCACUGCUACAGUGACCCGGUGACGGUUACCAUGGAGACGCCUCGGGCCCUGCGUUUCCGGGGUUGGAACGGUCAGGUGUUCGAGGAAAACUCGCCUCUGAGUCCACAUGGGGUUCUGGAUGACUGUGAGAUCCGUGACGGCAGCUGGCAUCAGUCGCGAUUCCUGUUUCAAACCCAGGACACUCAGCAACUUCCCAUCGUGGACAUUCAAGGUGUCCAUCCCUCGCGUCCAGGAGACCAGCGGCACGUGGAAGUGGGUCCUGUUUGCUUCCUGUGAAAUCACUGAAGGACUAAAAACGGUCCUGAUCCUCAAAUCAGAGCAGCGGCGAUCUGAGCGACUGCAACGGUCCUGGGACGUCUCUAAAACCCACCUGAAGAACGAGCGCGUCUCCAGCCCGGGACGUCGCUCCAUCCCUGUGUUUUGAGAGACUGCUGUUGUGUUUUAUCUGUUGUGGUUUCUGUUUUCUUCCAUUCAAACAUGCACAAAGUCUCGGGCAGAGUCCUUGUGAAUUGUACGAUCGAUCUCGAAUAGAUAAAGAGCCAGACAAGGUUGAUCUUGUUAGCAAACGAUGAAAAGGCCGACCUGGACUCUCUAGAUGGUGCUCUACCUCCUUCACAUACAGGUGCUCAUGUUCAGGUGCAUCCAGCCCCAAACUAACUCUACGCAAGUACGCCAAUGCAAACUCCAUUUAGUGCAUCAUUGUGUUCUGCUAUUUGUCUUCUACUAUUAGUUUU